GAAUUUGAAGAGCCAGGUGCCAAUUAGGAAGAGGGUCUUCGACAUGAGAGGUAGGGAUGAUGAGUGAGACUGUGAGAGGAAGUGGGAUGUCGAAAGUACUCACUUCAACCAAGCAGCAAAAUCAUUGACGUCACAAAAGGACACCACCCACCACAGGCCCCUAUCCCACAAGCCACGCGAGUUUGAUCUCCCCAGCCAUCAACAAUCAUCCAUUUCUUUUCUUUCCCAGGAAUUGGCAACUCAUCAAUGCGCACCUGCAUCCUCUCCCCCCUUCGAAUCAAGUCCACACUAGUCACCACUACCACCACCACUUACACCCCACGCUUACUACUCUUACCGACCACCACCAAGAUCACCACUCACCACCCCAUCAACUUCUACCCUCAAGCACGCACAAUGUCCUCCUCUCACUCCAACACCCAACUCAAAGGAGGCUGCACCUGCAAAACCGUCCAGUACACCAUCACCCUCAACUCGGUGGAAGAUGCUCGGACAACACUCUGUCACUGCAAGUCCUGCAAGCGAGCCUUUGGGACAAAUUACGGACUCACAGCCAAGGUUGCCUUGGAUGCUUUCUCGUACAAUGACGGGACAGAGACGCUCAAGAAGUACACGCAGCAGAACGGGGUGACGAGGGAGUUUUGCGGGGAGUGUGGGGUUUUCAUUUGCGAGUAUGGUAAAGAAGCAGCCGACAAGUUUCGGUAUGUCAUGUGGGGAUCUCUUGAUGAGCCAGAAAAUAUCCCGCCAAAGGGGGAGUUCUUUUGCAAGGAGAGGGCUUCUUGGAUGCCUGAGAUCAAUGGUGUCUUUCACAAACGCGAGAUCAAGGAGUAA